CACACGUCGAGCGAGGCGAGCAUCGUCUGUUGGCAACAUGACUGCCGCGAUGAUCAACAUGAGGUUAUGUCAGGCGGAGCUAAUGAAGCAACUAACGCCGGACCUUGACAGCGACCGACGCUGCACGAAACUUAACAACACCGUCGAAGCAAGAGACAGGCGCCCCGCCGACGGCAUGGGCGCGUCCCCCGAGCACAAGGCGGCGCCACUGUACACGUGGGGGGCGCAGCAGGCAGGCGAGGAUGCCUUGGCAGAUGCGCAACAGCAGCUAUGGGGCGCCUCGGUGCAAGCGCAGCAGCAGCUAGGGGGUGCCUCGGCGCACGCGUUGACGCUGCGUCUGUGCAAGCACGCGGAGGAACUGGAGCGCCACCUGUCGGUCAUCUCAUCACUCGUUGAGAUGAUGCGGCAGCAGAGCGGCGAUCACGUGCAGACGCCCGCGCCGCAGCAGCAAAACGCGUGAGACACCGGGGAGCGGUGAGGCGCCCGAGACAUGCGUGAGAAGCCGGGGAGCGGUGAGGCACCCGAGACACGCGUGAGAUGCGUGAGAAGCCGGGGAGCGGUGAGGCACCCGAGACACGCGUGAGAAGCCGGGGAGCGGUGAGGCGCGUGAGACGCCGGGGAGCGGCGAGACGUGUGAGACGCCCGGGAGCGGCGAGGCGCGUGAGACGCCGGGGAGCGGCGAGAUCCUUAUCGUUUUUAGCCGUUUUUUUUGCGUUUGUAUUGCAGCAGCAUGUGACCUUGCGAUGAUCAUUUGAAUUUGUCUAAAAUGAUCGAAUGUCAGUUUCAUAAUGCAGUAAAUAUGUAAAGCAGAUGGUUCCAUACCAACAUGUAUUUUCGAUGUACAAUGUGAUUAUCAUAUACAUUGGGCACUGUAAAAUUGUUUAUAAAUGGGACUGAGGAUAGCGAGUGUAACUGAAUGGUGAUGGAUCCAUGCUUUCAUAUAGAUUCCUCGUCUUUCCCAAUCAUUCUUCCAACAGUGAAUCAUAUUUACUAAUAAUUAUUUAAAAAAAGGAUUAUAAUUGGAACCCAGGGGUAUCAGCUCUUGCGUUUGAAUUCUGUGAAUAUGUACGUCUGCCGAGGGCACAGAAAGUUGUAUGUCGAAGCUGCAUCCAAGUUACUUAAAACAGAAGUUAAAUCUAGUACAUGAGUGCAUUAGUCAGUGGCGGUAAGGGAGUUAAGGCACGUGGUGGAGUGAGUGAAUCUCGUCGGAGGCGCACGUGGCGUCGCCAAAGUGAUCUGUGAUAAAUAGACGUUUAAUCUGUAAAUAAAGUAACAAAUGUGAUGACUUCACUUUCAUGCACAAACGUGUUCGCGUGACGUGGUGCGGCGCGGGGCCUGCUGGGUCCCCUAGACACCGAACGCACAAAGUUGCAGCAGGCGCGGGUUUUCGUGACUGCAAUACAUGUUGCCGUGGAGGGACGAGCAGUGUUAUCAAUCGCUGCAAGAUGUUGGAAGUUAAUCGGUAGAAUUGUGUGCACGUACUAGUCUGUAAUAGCAGGAAUAGGAUUAUACAGCGUCAUUCCACGUCUCCCAGCAUGAUAGAUCUAUUGUUAUUGUUAUUGUAGAUAUUACGUUCUGUAGUUAGUCGAGUGGUAUAUGAACAUCAUUAAGAACAACUGGAUAAUGUUGCAGCAUGUGUUUCGAUCUGUCCGUUACUUCUCUCGCAGUACUGCGGUGCCGUCAUGGGUGGAUAAAGGAGCUUUUGCGUUUUCGUGACAAAUUUUUUGCCUACAGAAUAUCAUGAACAUAUCUAGACUAGUUGUAGGAGAACUUAUCUAUAUAUACAAUAUUAUAAACUUAAAAUGAACAUAAACAUAUCUAUACUAUAUUGUAUAGACAUGUUCAUGACGACAUCGAAAUCUACCACUGAAUAUGUGCAGAAUAAUCAUUUCACCUCUAGCAUCAAAACUUUAUUAAAAAUCUCAAGUCACAAGAUAUUGUUGGACACAAACAUCCCAGCAGUAUGAAGCAUGUGAUAACAGAGUUUAAUUCGACUUGUCUCUCACUGAACACUUUUUUACAAAAACAUUAAAAUAACAUUCUAAGUA